AAUGUUACCUAGAGUGUAUUUUCAGGAGCUCUUUUCACGAUGUCUAUAAUAAAUAAUGAAUGGAAAUACAUUAACGAAGGAAAUGUCCACAUGGUUCUCGAAAUCGUCAAUACACCGAAUGUAUACCGUCUCAUAAAAGAUGAUUCUCACACGAAUACUGGUUUUGUGCGACAAAGCAUAGAAUAUGUGAACUUUGUUAUGUUACCCUUAAUACACGGCAACGCAGCUUAUGAACACGAAAUUGUAACAUUAUCGAAAGACGAAAUUGAAAAACUCAUCCUAAAGCUUGCAGAUGUAAGACCGAAAAAUAGACAGCACAAAACUUUAAUAAGCCCUUUUGCCAUUAAAGCGCCAAAUUUAACUAAAUUAAACCCAUCAAUUAAUAAUUAUUGCAUAGAAAUAAAGCCCAAGGAAGGUUUUCUUGCAAAAAGUUUUCAAAAGUACUCCAAAUGCUAUUAUUGUUUGAAACAAUUUUUAAAAUUAAGCACGCAUGAAAUUAAUAAUGUCAGUGAGUACUGUCCUUUGGACUUUUACUCUGGAAAUGAAAGCAGAAUGAAAUUUGCUUUACUAAACUUGAUUAACAACCCCCAAAAUAAUUUUAAAAUGUUCAAGAAUGGAAAUAUAAUUUUCAAUGAGCACUCUAAUAAAAAACAGUUUGAUGAUAUCAUAGAAUCUACAAUUUUCAAAUAUACUGAUGUGUUUCUCAACUUUCUUAUUCAAAUUUUACUCAGUGAUGGCAAUUCAAUCAUUAAUUUGACAGACAAAGAUUAUACACCUUUAAAAUUAAGUGCAAAUUGUGUUGAAGGCAAAGACUUGCCACACAAUUCUUUAUUACACAACCUUUUAUCUCUACAGAAGCUAACUGAAGAUUUAAAUAUUGACUAUUCAAGUGACAAUGAUUAUAGUUAUGUUACUAAAAUACUAGAUAGAUUGAAAUCUGAAGGUUUGAAUUUUAAGCUAGAGAAUGAUAAAAGAAAAUUUCUAGAUACAGCAGAAAAUUUAGAAUUAGCUUUAAUAUCAGCUAUAGCUAAAGACUGUUCAAUUAUGAUAGCCUUUACUGAACAAUACUGUGAUGGACACCCAUGGGUUAUGUUUCAAGGAAGAAAGAUGUCUUAUAGAUGGGCUGUGACCGAUUUGGAACCUAAAUCAGUGAAAACUCUUGUAAAGAGAGUAAAUACUGAAAAGCAAUUAAUAGAAAUAUAUGAGGAUAUUAUGAGCAAUUAAAUCAUAGGUGAAGAUUAAUUAUGUAAAAAAAAAUAUAAAACAUGUACAUAAUCAUACAUUUAUUAAGAUAAUAUACACAGUAUGAACAUAAAUUAUUAUGAUAGGCUGAAUUAGAAAAUUUUAUAUUAGGUAAAAUGAUUGUUAUGGAUUUAUAACAUUACUCAGUAUGAUAUAAUCAAAUUUUACAUUGUCAUAACUGAUGCAAUUAAUGAUGAUUAAUUUUUCACACUUAUUACCAUAUCUUAAUAUAUAUAAAUCUCGUGUCACAAUGUUUGUCCUCAAUGGACUCCUAAACCACUUAACCGAUUAUAAUAAAAUUCGCACACCAUGUGCA